AUGGCUGCCGCACGGUUACUGCUGCGCCUGGCCGGACGCCUAGAGUCAGUGAACUUCACGCAGAGCGUGUGUGGCCUUCUGGGCGCCGGGCAGGGACCCGGGCCGUGGCACACGCACUGCAGCUUGGAGCGAGGACAGCUUGUCCUUUCCAGCCAUUCAUUCCCCGGCGCCUCGGAGAGACUUCCAAUCCAGAGACCCCCUUUCUGCCCUUUUGUGGCUCUGGACCAGAAGCCUGGGGGCUCCAGGACGGAGCUGCCCACAGAUAGAGGUGUGGAUGUGGGUGUGGCCGUUAUUCUUCAGUCCAGUGACCAGACUGUCUUGUUGACCCGAAGGACAUCCACUCUCAGCAUUUCCCCCAACGUCUGGGUCCCUCCAGGAGGCCACAUGGAACUUGAUGAGGAGGUCCUGGAGUGUGGCCUUCGAGAGCUGCAGGAAGAGUGUGGGCUACAGCUGCCCCUGGCCCAGGUCUCUUGUGUCCUUCUGGGGUUGUGGGAGUCUGCCUACCCUCCUAGGCUGAGCUGGGGUUUCCCCAAAUACCAUCACCUCAUUCUCUAUGUUCUCGUCAUCUCCCGGGAGUCACAGAAGCAGCUCCAGGCCCGGAUCCAAAUAAAUCCAAAUGAGGUUAGUGCCUUUAUGUGGCUGGGGCCAGAUGUAGCAACGGUUGUGGCUGCCACAGAUGGCACUGAGACACCCAGACUUCUCCAGACCCUACAACCCUCUCUCUGUGCAACCGAACUGAAGGGCGACGGAGGAACCCAGCCUCUGGCCCUGCCCGUGUCCACGCUCCUGCGGACAACCCCGACCACAGCCGAGGACAAAGAGCGGGUCAGCGCUGGAACCAAGUUUGCUCUCAGGCUCUGGCUGCAACAUCUGGGCAGCUGGAGGUAAAAGUGAUGUUUACAUGGAGCCCCGAGCAGCAGAGGAAGGAUUGGGUUCUGUGAGAUGGUGGAUCUAAAGGCUUCCGCUAUAAACCCUGAGACCUGAG